UCGAGACCAACGGAAACAUCUUAGGCCUGUCCGGCUGAUCCACACGCGAGAAACGUAUCUAGGAGACAUACAUACAUCUGAUUUGUUACGUGUCUGGUAUUUGACUGUUUGCUAGAAUGGAAAUGUUUACCCAAAAUAUCCAUUUAUGAGAAAUCGACGUAAAUGGUCACUUUCCCUUUAAAUGUUCUCUGUUGUUCUGCAUAAUAUCCAGGAAGUGUGAGAGCAUUCCUCCCCAGCUGAUCCAGACGGAAGUCUCCUUCUCAGAGGCUUUAACAUUCAGCGGUGACCAGACAAGGGGACAGUGUUAUUGGUAAAUAUCGUCUGGAAUUAAUCCCGUGGAUUAUCCGUGGGUGGUUUUAGUGAAGACACGGCCCGGUAUCCCCACCGCCUCUGUCUUUCUCCCGGUCGGUCGGGUGGAUCUGCCGUGGUAGGACUGUCAUGAGCCCGGGCUGGGAAUGGCAUCCUCUCCCAGUGUUUGUAAGAAGGUCGGGCCGGUGGAGGAGGAGAACGGAGAACCGGAUCAUUCUCUACAAGAGAUGUUGAAGGCGAUAGCCGACGAACGGAACCGUCUUACUAUCAGACAAGAAACUAGUGGACUUGGGUGUUUUAAGGACGACCGCAUCGUGUUCUGGACAUGGAUGUUCUCCACGUACUUCAUGGAGAAGCUGUCGCCGCGGGAACAGGACGACAUGUUGUUUUACGUCCGCAGGAAGCUGUCAUACGUCAGCCCCGACCAAUCAGAGGGCAAGAAGGUAGAUGUGGAGGUGUACAGGAGAGACUCUAAGAAGCUUCCAGGUUUAGGAGAACCUGACAUUGACUGGGAGGAGAGUGUUUACCUGAAUCUGAUCUUAAUGAAGCUGGACUAUGUGGUGACGUGUGCCGUCUGCACGCGCUCAGACGCAGGAGACAUCCACAUUCACAGGAAGAAGUCUCAGCAAGUGUAUGCGUCGCCAAGUAAACACGCCAUGGACAGUAAAGGAGAGGAGUCUAAGAUGAGCUACCCCAACAUCUUCUUUAUGAUUGACAACUUUGAGGAGGUGUUCUGUGACAUGACGGUAGGCGAGGGGGAGAUGGUGUGUGUGGAGUUGGUAGCCAGUGAUAAGAGCAACACGUUCCAAGGAGUCGUCUUCCAAGGUUCCAUCCGCUACGAAGCUCUGAAGAAGGUUUACGACAACAGGGUGAGUGUGGCAGCGAAGAUGGCCCAACGCAUGUCGUUCGGCUUCUACAAGUACAACAACAUGGAGUUCGUCAGGAUGAAGGGGCCGCAGGGCAAAGGUCACGCUGAGAUGGCGGUCAGCCGGGUCCCGACCGGAGACACGUCCCCCUGCGGCACAGAGGAGGACCUGGACUCACCCCUACACGAGAGGGUGACGUCGUUCAGCACCCCUCCCACCCCGGAGAGGAACCGCCCCUCGUUCUUCUCCCCUUCUCUCCGUCGGAAGGUCCCCAGGAACCGGAUCACUGAGAUGAAGAAGAGUCACUCAGCCAACGAUAGUGAAGAGUUCUUCAGGGAAGAGGAUGACGAGGACCUGUGUAACCAGUCCAACCUGCGGUCUCGCUCCCUGUCGGGUACAGGUCGGUCCCUGGUGGGAUCUUGGCUCAAACUGAACCGUACGGAGGAGUACUUCCUGCUUUACUCCCACCUGACCUACGUCACCCUGCCGCUGCACCGCAUCACCUCAGAUAUCCUGGAGGUGAGACAGAAGCCCAUCCUGAUGACAUAGCAGAUCAGAGCCUCCCUACGAAGUGCCUUCCUGCAUCACUACAACCACCACUACAACCCAGUGGUGAGAUGGGAAACUACAGCACCAUUACCGCCAUCUGGUGGUGACAUGGAGGAAUUACAGCAACAUUACCACCAUCUGGGGGUGAGAUGGAGGAAUUACAGCAACACCCAUCUGGUGGCGAGACAGAACUACAACCAAACCUGGAGUCAAUGGCAAGAGGUGACUAAAAAACAACUUUGGAACAAUGAAAACCAGCCAAUCAAAAAAGUGCCUCUUCCCUCUGUCAAGUUCGAUGAGGAUUCGCCGGUGGGUGUGAGGCGGUCGCCAGGGAAAUGGGCAUAGCAACCCACCUGUCCUGUCAGGAUCACAUAGUCGUGAAGUGCCGUGCCAUUGGCUGAACUCUGACCUGGAACUAAAAUGCUUUAGAAUGUCUCUGGACAAAUCUAAAAUGGAACUCUAUUCCCAGUUUAGUGCACUAACGUUGGCCUUAGCCC